UUAUAGCGCAAACUUCAUUCCUUGAACAACAAGCAUAUAUGUGUAUCCCGUUAUUAAUGACAUAGAAAGGCUGCUAAAUACAUAGAAAGAGUAUUGCUUUAGAGAAUGGGAUAUGUGGAUGAUUGGGUAAUUCAAGUAAACUGAGUCACUCUUACAAAAGUAAGAAUCAGAUUGGAGAAAGGAGAGAAAAAUAGUUUUGAUUAAGCACUUUAAGGAUUCUCUGACCCCUUUCACACACUGUCUCUUUCUCUCUAUAUUUCUUUUCUUCUACUUGAAACAAACUAGAGAGAUUAGAGAGGAGAUAGGAAGGAAAACACAAAUGAAAUCUUUUGACCCUUGUUUAUUAUAUAUUCAAGUUGCACAAUUCCCCAUAAACCCAUAUUUAAGAAACUUCAGUUUCUAAUUCUGCUGGUCUUUUCAGAAGAAGAGCUAAUAGGAGAGAGAGGUUUAUAAUGGUGGCUCACGAGAGGAUCCAUAAUCUUCAAAAACCAACGUGCAUUUGCAUUAUCUGGUUUUGCCUCUUGGUUUCUCUCUCUCACCAUGGAAGAGCAUCUUCAUCAUCAUUAUCAUCAUCAUCAUCUAUCUUCAAUCUUUCUCUCCCACACCAACAUCCAUUCCCUGAACAUGUUGUUCUUAAUGUUCAAAGAAAACUCAACGACUCUCUCUCAAGAAGACAACUUCUCACUUACCAACAAGACGACGGCACGACGGCGUCGUCACCAAUACCUUCUUGCAUCACCGGAAACCCAAUCGACGAUUGUUGGCGCUGCGACCCAAACUGGUCGGAAAAUCGCCAAAGACUAGCCGAUUGCUCAAUUGGUUUCGGACAAGGAACACUCGGAGGAAAAGGCGGUCGCUUUUACCUCGUCACCGAUUCCUCCGACAACGACGCGGCGUAUCCAAUUCCCGGAACACUUCGACACGCCGUGAUUCAACCGGAACCACUCUGGAUCGUCUUCUCCAGCGACAUGGGAAUCAAACUCAAACACGAGCUCAUCAUCGGAAGCUACAAAACAAUCGAUGGAAGAGGCACGAAUAUCCAAAUCACCGGCCAUGGUUGCCUCACGAUCCAGCAGGUGAGCCAUGUCAUCAUCCACAACGUCCACAUUCACCACUGUAAACCCUCCGGCAACACUUUGGUCGCUUCGUCGCCUACACACGUCGGAUUCCGAGGAGUCUCCGACGGAGACGGAAUCUCAGUCUCAGCUUCGCAUCACAUUUGGGUCGAUCACUGUUCUCUCGGUUACUGUGCUGACGGACUCAUUGACGUCAUCCUCGCUUCCACCGCCGUCACAAUUUCCAACAACUAUUUCUCUCAUCACGACGAAGUUAUGCUCUUAGGUCACGACGACCGGUAUACGGCUGACAAGGGGAUGCAAGUAACAAUUGCAUUCAACCAUUUCGGAGAAGGGCUUGUGCAGAGGAUGCCGCGGUGUAGGCACGGUUAUAUCCACGUGGUGAACAACGACUUCACGGCAUGGGAAAUGUAUGCAAUCGGCGGAAGUGCUAGCCCUACAAUUAAUAGUCAGGGUAACCGUUACACCGCACCUAUUGAUCCCAACGCCAAAGAGGUGACGAAGCGCGUGGACUCAAACGAGAAACAUUGGUCGGGAUGGAACUGGAGAACGGAAGGUGACGUUAUGGUUAACGGAGCGUUUUUCGUGCCGUCAGGUGACGGAGUGAGCCCAGCGUACGCCAGAGCCACCAGUGUUCAGCCUAAAGCCGCCGCUAUCAUUGACCAGCUCACGGUCAACGCCGGCGUCUUCGGCGAUCCCAGUGGGAGAAACGGCCAAGGAGGAAGUUUUCCCGGAAUAACGGACGGUGGUGGGACCAUCACACGCGGUUACAGUAAAAGUGGACCCGGCGGCAGCAGCGGCGAUAGCGAUGAUGGCCUUUUCACAGUGAUAUUCGGUAACAAUAGCGGAGCCGUGGCUCUAAGGCCGGGACAAGUCUGGUCGAUUCUAUUGAUCAUUAUCAUUUUGUUUUGGUAUAUUCCACACCAUACGAGAUGAUGAUUUCAUUAUUGGUUAGAGGGGUCAUUAUUUAUUUCUGGUUACAAAAAAAAACGAAUAUACGUAUUUAUAUACAAAUAUAUAGGUACACAGCACUUGCAAGUUGUAAAAUAUGGGAAAUGUAUAAAAUAUUUUUAUUCUUGUUUGAUGCCUAAACUUUUUUGGCCCAAUAUUGGAGCAUAUCAAUUGGCUGGAGGAA